GGAAGUGCGCUCUAAUCAGCACGUCGCGCGUUGCGUAACCAGUUGAGAAUUUUCGUUAUUUGAAAAUGAAAAUUCACUCGAUGUCAUCUGAUGAUGAUGGCUGCUUUGGGUGUUAUUUACUGGCAGCGACAGGACUUUUUGGGCUUUUGGCGCUCCUCGUAGUGCUUUCCUCUCGUAUUCGAUUCUACGUAAAAAUGGUUGCCUACGUUUCUUGCAUUGUGUUUGCUGGGACCAUUGGAGGUAUCAUUAGCAUUCCAUUUGGGAGAACUACCAACAAUCACUUUCGUAUGUUUGCCAUCUUUCAAUGGUUUUGCUCUUUCCUGAGGUUGAAAUUCACUCUAAGGAAUAAACAGAAUCUGGAGAGCGAUGAACCCUUUAUCAUUAUUGCUAACCAUCAAAGUGCUUUGGACGUGCUCGGUAUGUCUUAUUGCUGGCCCAAGAACUGUGUUGUUAUGGCGAAAAGCAGUCUGAAGUUCCUACCUGGAUUCAAUCUUUGCGCUUAUAUGUGUAAUUCUAUAUGGAUCGAUCGCUUCAGCAAAGAAAAGGCGCAUAAAGCUGUUGAUAAGACUUUGGAGGCUAUCAAGAACUAUAAGAGAAAAGUCUGGAUUUAUCCGGAGGGUACUCGAAAUUCCGGGAAAACAUUUCUGCCUUUCAAGAAAGGUGCUUUCAUUCUUGCGCUUGAGGCUAAGGUUCCUGUGGUUUGCUGCGUCUUUUCUUCACAUAGCUUCUUUUAUGAUGCUGCUGAGCAAAGGCUAGACCCUGGAGAAUGUAUCGCAGAAAUUUUACCUCCCGUGGAUCCAUCGGGCUUCGAAAGCGUUGACGACCUUAGCAAUCACUGUCGCAAUCUGAUGAUGGCUAAACAUGAGGAGCUCAAUAAAGAAAUCCGACAGAAUAUAUCUAAGAAGACAAAUUGAAGGUACUUACUUUUUAUGUAUAGCUGUAAUUUCAAAAUGCUCAACGUGUCAAGUAUUUUAACUUGCCCAACUUUUGAAUUGCCAUUAAUGGAUUCAUGAUCUGUGCCUGUCUGUACUGAUGCGCUCACCCCGUGUGGUUACUCUAGUUUAUCUUAUAGCUUCUCAUUUCAAAUCAGGUUCUGUCUGUUGAAUGGAUUUUGUUGACUCUCACUACUUUUUUGUUGCUUGUCUUGUAAGAUAUUCCUAAUAAAAAUCAGUUGUUAGUU